AUGAAUGUAACGUAUAUUUGUAUAUGUAAAGAAUGGUAUUGUGUGGAUAAUAUUCAAGCGCAUUCAACAAACGAUAGUGAUAAUAAUACAUUGAAAAAUCUAAAUAAAUCACUACAAGAAUCAUCACAUUCAUUAUCAAUGCAAUCAUUAGGUGUAAAUGAUGAUUCAAAUGAUGCUCGUGACACGCCAAUCAAUACACCGUCAUCAACAUCGCCAAAACCUUCACAAUCAUUAUUUGCUAAAUUAACUGACGCAAAAAAAUCAUUAUUUGGUCGAACAAAUGCACCUGAUCCUUUUCUUUUAUCAGAUACACAAAAUAAAUCUUUAUUAACAUAUAUUCUUUCUGAACCAAAUCCACAAUUAGAUAUUAUACAAGAAUUUGAACGUAAUGGGUCACAAUUGAAUUCUUUUACAGAAGAAGGAAAUACUAUAUUACAUUUACUUGCACGAGCUGAAAUGCAUUCAAUUGAAUGUAUACAAAUUGUUGAUUAUUUAACGAAAAAAGGAGGUUGUGAUCCGAAUAAACAAAAUGAGCAUGGAUGGACAGCAGCUCAUUAUGCUCUAGCAACACGUAAUACAGAUUUAGCAUUAUUUUUAUUUAAAGUUAUGACCGAUAUUAAUGUAUUAACAUCCGACUCACAUUUUGAUUAUUCAAGUCAAACACAUCUUCUUCAUAUUGCAGCACGUAAAAAUGAUAGUUUAUGUAUACGUUUAUUAAUUAAAACUUAUAAAGCUCGUGUUAAUAUUUUUGAUGAAGAUGGUUGUACACCAUUACAUAUAUCUUGUUAUGAAGAUAAUAUAGAUGCAUUAAAAGCUUUAUUAGAAAAUGAUGCUGAUUUUCAAAAAGGUACACGUUUAAAUCCAUUGGAAACACCCGUAGGUAUAUGUGUUAAAUAUCAACAUGAUUUAUGUUUAAAAGCUUUAUUUGAAUUAACAUCAAAUUUUAAUUGGAAACGUUAUUUUUCUCAAUUACCACGUUCACCAUUAUUAUGUGAUUUUCCAAGUAUAGAUGCAAUUGAAUUACUUGUUCAAUAUUCACUUGAUAUAAAUGCAUGUGAUGAACAGGGCAAUACAUUUUUACAUUAUUUAGUUAAUAAAAAAGAUAUUGAUUAUGAUAAAUAUGUUGAAAAAUUAAUUGAAACAUCAGCAGAUUUUAAUCGACAAAAUCAACUUGGACGUACACCAUUUUUAGAUGCAUUAGAACAUAAUAAUUUUCAAUUACUUGCUAUUUUUCUUCGUCAUAUUGAUAUUACAAAUAUAAAUAUUGUUGAUACAUUAUUAAAUACAGCAUUACAUUAUUGUAAAUAUUUAAAUGAAAAAUUCAUAUUUGAUAGUGUUUUAUCAUCAAAUCUAUUAUCAUUAAAUGCACAAAAUCGUGAUGGACAAACACCUUUACAUGAUGCAAUUUUAUGUGAUAAUUAUUUAUUUGCACAAUAUCUUCUUCAACAUAAUUGUGAUGUUACAUUAACAAAUAAAGAUGGAAAUACACCAUUACAUUUAAUUGCUAGAGAUGAUAAUGUACGAAUGUGUAAAUUAUUAAUGAAAUAUACACAAUUAGAUUUAACUGCAAUGAAUGAAAUGGGUAAAACACCAUUACAUUUAGCUUGUGCAAAUGAAAAAGCUAAUGUUGCAGCUAUAUUUAUUAAUAAAAUGAAUAUUGAACAAAUAAAUUUAAUAGAUAUACAAGGACGUACACCAUUACAUGAAUGUGUAGAAAAUAUAAAUGGUGCAUUAGCAAGAUAUUUAAUUCGACAUGGUGCAGAUGAAAAUGCUGAAGAUAAACGAGGAAAUACAGUGUUACAUUUAGCAACAGAAAAAGGUAAUAUGGAAUUACUUCGUACAUUAAUUAAAUCAUCACAUGUUGAUAUUAAUCAAUUAAAUACUGAUCGUCAAUCACCACUUAGUCUAGCAAUAUUAUAUAAUCAUGAUGAUGUAUGUAAAUUUUUACUUGAUCAAGAAAAAAUUCAUAUACAACCAAUAGAUUUAAAAAUGGCUAUGCAAAUGAAUAAUUAUGAAAUAGUACGAUUAUUAAUUGAAAAAGAUCUAAAUUGUUUACGUGCACGUUCAUCAACACAUGGUGAUAUGAUUAUUCAUACAUAUAUGAGAUUAAAUUUAAAUAAUUCUAUUUGUCUUGAAACAUUACUUUCAUUUAUAUUGGAUAAUGAAUUAUUAACAUAUUUAUCUGAAAGUAGUUUAACUUAUGGUGAUAAUUUACUUCAUAUAGCAGCUCGUGAAGAUACACCAAAUGCUUUAAAUUCUUUUCUUAAUAUAUCUCGUGUUAAAUUUUGGUUUUGGGCAAAUAUGAUGUUAACAAAAAACAAUGAAAAUAAAACACCUCUGGAAUUAGCUAAUGAAUUUAAACAUUAUGCUGUUAUUAAAUUAAUUAAUUCUAAAUGGAAAGAAUCAUAUGAACAUUUAUCACAUUCAUUACGUGAUGGUCAUUGUGGUGUAUCACCAACUGGUGUUACACAAGCUAAACGGCAAUGUUUUAAUUGUGGUCAAUCAGGUUUUGUUAAAAUAUCUAGCAAACGUUCAAGACCAUGUGAUAAAUGCAAUGUUUGUUUAUAUAAAUCAGUUGAUAAUAGUAUGCAAGUUUUUUUAGCAUUAUUAUUCAGUGAUGAAUCAAGUACAAUAGCACUUGAUAUAAUGGAUUCGUUAAUUGUUAUUAAUGAAGUACAAAAAGUUGUUCAUCUUUAUCUUGAUCAUAUUGAACCAUGGGAAGAAUUUGAUAUAAAUGAUUCAGACAGUCUUAUUAAUGAAAUAGUUGUUGCUCCUGAUUUUCGAAAGAAACAAGUUAAAAUUGGUAGUAAAGAUAAAUCUCUAACAACACCAUUAAUAUCAAGUAGUUCUCAUUCAUCAACAUCGCACAUGGUUACUCAUAAAACAACAGUUUCAUCACAAAAUAAUAAUCCAAUAGGUUCAUCAGUAUUGACUGUACCAACUUAUGCACCUCGACCAUCAAUUACACAAAAAUUUCGACCUGAUGGUACACAAUUUCGUUCUAUAACACCAUUAGAAGCAAUUUAUUAUCAUGAACGUCUUGAUUUAAUAACACAUCCACUUAUAAAAGGUUUAAUUAAAUGGAAAUGGGAUAAUUUUGCAGCAAAACGUUUUUAUCUUGGAUUAGGACUUCAAUUAUUAUUUCUUAUAUCAUGGACAUGUAGUUCAUUAAUGACACCAUUUCCUAUUCGUUAUGUUUAUCGUUUUCCACAAGAUUUAUGGCGUUGUAUACUUUGGGGAAUAAGUAUUGCUUUUCUUGUAUGGGAAAUCGUACAAGAAAUGUUUGAUAUAAGUUAUUCACGACAACGUUAUGAAGAUUAUCUUAUAUGGGAAUCAGAACGAACUAAUGUUCGAUUAGAUUUAAUAUCAAAAAAUAAAUAUAAAUCAAAUACAAAUGGACAAACACCACAAACUGGUGUAAAAAAAGUUGAUUAUGUUGCAAAACUUAAUAAUGAUACAGGAGAAAUUGAACAUGUUAUUAUUGAUGAUACAACAACAAAUAUAAAUAUAAAUCCAACUUUACCAAAUUUACGUUCUCAUCAUUCUCAACAUUAUCCAUUACCACCAUCAAUACCAACAAUUAUUAAAGGUAAACCUACAGAAUCUCCACCAAUACAACAACCACCUAUUGAUAUUAAUGUUAAUUCAACUAAUUCACCAACAAAUAUCGAUGGUAGUUCAAAAAAGAAAACAGAACCUGAUAUGUCAUUUAUAUCUCCAUCAAUAUUAAAUCGACGACGAUCACGAAUUGCUCGUUUUGCUCGAAAUUUUCGAGAUCGUGCAAAAACUCGUAUUAGAGCUUAUUAUAUGUAUUAUUCAUUAAAUAAUUUAUUUGAUUGGAUUGUUUAUAUACUUUGUAUAAUUACAGUCAUAACACAUUGUAUUGAUGUUAAUGCACAUACAGUAUUACGUGCACGUAUACAUAUGUAUAUUGCAUCAAUAACAGUUAUAUUGAUAUGGUUUCGAUUUAUGGUCUUUUUUCGAACAAUAACUAUAUCAGCUAAAACAUUAAGAUCAAAAUUAGUUGAAAUUAAAUUAGGAGAAUUAGUUAUUAUGGUUCGUAUGAUGUUCGAUGAUAUAAUACGUUUUCUAAUGGUAUUUCUUUUUCUUCUUGCACCAUAUGCACUUGUAUUCUAUGCUGUUUUUGGUGGUCAACAAAUAAUGCAUAAUGAUUAUGAUAAAUCUCCUGAAAUAUGUGAAUAUGCAUUACUUCAUUGUUCAAUAUAUGAAUUACAAAUACCUUAUGAUGGAACUAGUGAUUCAUAUAGAAGUCGUGGACAAUAUAUAUUUAAUAGUUCAUUAAGUGAUUUCGAUGAAGCAAAAUGUCUUAAUGCUACAGCAGCAUGUCGUUUAGUUCAACCAAAUGGUUUUGAAACAUUUUAUUCAUUAUUAUUUUCAAUUUUUCGUAUUGCAUUAGUUGAUGAUAUUCCAAUUGAUGCAUUUACAGCUAUUGAUCGUUAUUUUGCUUCAUUUGUUUGUAGUACAUAUUUAUUAUUAACUGCAAUAUUAGCUAUUAAUAUAUUUAUUGGUCUUAUAUCAAAUGCUUUACAAACAGAAGCAUUUUCAACUGUUGAAGCACGUUUUCUUCUUGAACGUAUUGAAGUUAUUUUAAAUUAUGAAUGGCGUUUAUCAAAACAUAAACGUUCACAAAUUCAAGAACUUAUUCAUAAAUUUUGUUCACCAUUAUUAUUACAUUGGAAAGAAAUUAAUUUUGAUGCUUAUGGACAAUCACGUGAAGAACAACAAUCAAAAGCAUUAACAACUCUUCGACAAACAAUAGAUAAACAAAAUAUACAAUUUGAUACAUUUCGUAUACAAUUACAACAAAAAUUAAAUAAUAUUGAUACAACAUUAAAUAAAAUUCAAUUAGCAUCAAAACCAUUAACAUCAACAGAAUUAAUUGGAAAAAAAUUAGAAUUAAAUACACCAACUCCAUCAAGACGACCAUCGAUUCAUGUAAGUAGUGGUACUGAACAAUUAACUAAACCUCAACAAGAAUUAAUACCUUUAACAACUGAUAAUCAAAAAUUAUUAUUUGAAGAAAUAACUCGAUUAAGAGAAUUAAUCGAAGAUAAACUUAUUGGACAAACUGAUCGUGUACUAGAAGGUUCGAUUAGUAGUACGCCUAGAACUCGUCAAUCAACGAUACAUGUAUCACCUCGUCAACGAGCACAUGUAGAUACACAUGGUCCCUUAUCAGUACAUACUGAAUCUCAUAUUCAAGCAUAUUCACAAGAUUUAGGUGAACGUGUAACUGAUCUACAAUUAGCUGUUAAUCGUCUUCAUCAAGAUGUUAGCGCUAUUCGACAAGUUAUUGAACGAAUGUCACCAUUAUCAACUAGUCUUAUUCUUGGCAGAACAGCUGGACUAAAAUAA